AUGGGUGGUGGUGCAUCUACUGAGCACAAGAGCUUGAUUGAGGGCAAGUCCCCAGAGGAAAUCGCGGCAGCUCUCAAGGAAUUGCCGCCAGAUCAGCUUUCCAAGAUUUGGGCCGCAGUGGACAAAAAUUCGCCAUGCCCAGGCCCUGUGGAUUGCAGUAGCAUCACCGUGGUUGCCAAGGACUACAAGGGCAUGCUGGAUCAACCAAGCGCGCCAAAGUUUAAGGGUGCGUUGGCCCAGAUCUAUGUCCGAAGCCAACCCUAUGGAGGUUCCGAUAAGAGCAACAAUGGCCACCGCUAUGAUUCCAUCCCGAUCGUGAAUGGCAUGAUCAGCGCUGGGGAGUACAAGGACACCUCCCGAGGAUCUACUAUCCUCUCGGUGCUCCCGGGCCUUGUCAGCAAUGGCGAGGAACAGACAUUGCUUGCCGGCCUUCGAGCCCUGCUUGAAGCUAACGCAACAAAGUCUACACGCGAAAAGAAGCCCAAACAACCAAAGAGAUCAAAGAGUUCAGCCAACAAGAAAAGUGAGCCCAAGGGCAAAGACACCUUGUGGAAUGCUUUACAAAAGUUGGUUCAGCGAACUGAAAAGAAACCGAGAGAACUGUUACCUCAGCUCAAAAAACUGAUUGAGGUAACAGAACAAGGCCACUUAACCGAGCAAGGGAAACAGCAGGGUCCCAAGAGACGCCCUAGUUCAAAGCCAGAUGAAGCAACCAAUGCAGUCCAAGCACCGGUCCAAAGUCCCAACCGACAGCCAGCACGCCGUCCACCAGGUUCGGUCCGUCGUCCGUGGACAGUCAAAGCAGUCGACCUAGGAUAUGAUCAUGUGUUGUCCAAUGCUCAUGACUUUGCCGCAGCAUUGGACGAACCAGCAAAACCUCUUUUGUGCCAAGCAAAUGACACAGCAACCUUUGAAGAGAUGGCCAGUCUCCUCAAAGGCGCGAAAUCUUGCACCGCCACGGUAAUUUACACUGGCCAAGUCAAUGCAGAAAACGAGAGCAUUUGGACCAAUCAUCACUGCACAACCCAGAUUUUACCAGGUAUGUGCAAUGGCACCUUGCAGUUGAGACAAUGCCAAGUUGCAGUCGCAGCCCCAGAGGGCCAAGGACAAGUGCUGACCAUUAAAGAAACAGCAAAAAUUGAGAAAGCUGCGCAGCCAGCCACCGCAGACCCAAGUGACACCGUUGUCUUGAGAAUCAUCAUGCCUCAAAGAUUUUCAUCCAUUCAGUCCUGGUCCCAGGCAAAGAAGAACCCCGGCAGAGCCAUGAGAGAGUGGAUUGCAAGAUUCUCGACGCCAUGGCUCCACGCAGUCAAAGAUAUCUGGGGAUGGGAGCUUUGUGAAGAUUCCAUCCGUGGCAAAAUUCGCAUUCAGAAAAAUACAGCGCUCCAAAUGUUGCCUCGCAGCGGCUCCACAGCAGGUGGUGCCACAUGGUUCAUUGACCCGACCCAUUGGCCAAGCAUGGGUCACACGGAGAAACCAGUCACAGUUUGGGUUCCACUGGAGCCCCAAGAACUUCCAACUCAGUACCUGGAGAAGGCUCGCAUUCAGACCACAGACAUGGGUUUAGCACUAGGCAACAAGCAAGUUGGCCUUCGUGUUAAAAGCACUGACGCCAGAGUCCAGCCAGAACGGGGAUCAUGGCGCCUUGCACAGGUCCCCAGACCUUAUGGAUAUGACGAAAUUGAAAAAAUUUUGACAUCCACAGGUUUCACAGAAGUCGAGAUUCUGGGACGCAGUCCUCGAAAACAAAACACAGCAGUUUGGUUCUUCAAAGCGCGUAGAUCAGACCACAGAGUGCAGAUCCCAGUCCAGCUUGGAGAAGCUGACAGCGCAGUCCUCCUUUCAGCCUCACGGGAGUACAAGCAGAAACAGCCUUCCAAAGAGCCAAUGAAGUUGAAGCGUGAACGUGGCACUUCCUUUGUCGUCCGCAGUUCUCAUUUAAAAUCAGACCUUGUUUCCACAGAUACAGCAACAGAGCCAGACGCAGUUGAACCACAGAAGAUGGAAACUCAAACAGAAGACGAAGAUGCCAAAAUGGAAGGGCAGCCAAAAAGAGCCGCCCCACAGGAUCGCAGCCACAGACAGAUACGAGCAGCUUUAGUCGCAGCCAUGCGAAAGCAUUCGACAAUUUUUGAACACGUGUGGGAUCAACGCAUGCCAGACGACAGUAGAACAGUGAAACCUUUCAGUGAAUACCUUGAUGCAUUGGAAAAAGAAGGAUCCUGGGGAGGAUUCCUCGAGGUCUAUGCAUUCGCUAAGGUGCAAAAGUUUAAUGUCUUGGUCAUCGAUGCUGAUAUCAAUAAAGCAUUCAGAUUUGAAGGCGGAGACGACGCAUCCCCAUACGUAGUGCUCAAGUUUGCAGCCAAGCAUUACGAAUGGGUCAAGUGCAACAGUGCAGCCAUUGCUUCUCUAUGGAUCGAAGCGGACGAACCAGAAGCCAAGGGUCAUCGCGGAGCGGCCAAGCGGGUGCCACACACCCCUGUGAAACAGCCAUGCAAACAGGUUUUGAAUACUCCUUUGUCAUCGUUGCAUUUGUCCAAUUUUCAGUCAAGUGCCAAGCACACAAGCAGCCGCGGCAACAAGUCCGUCAAGAGCAAGGGGUCUUCCUUGCACUUGUCAAUUUUUAAAGACAGAACCAUAACCCCGGGUAGCCAAUCCCGAAAUGCCAAAAAGAAGAAAUCACUGCAGCUCACCCAGUUCGCCGAAAGCUCUGCAGCAGCCGAGCCCAGCCCAUCCCGGAAGCUCACCAAGGCCGUAGGCGUCGAGGAAAAGCAUUGGGUUUGUGACAAAUGCUCUUUGAUUCUUCGCAGCACAUGCACUCCGCUCUUGUCAGCCAAACGAAUUGCUCACAUUCGCAAGCACCAUGCCGACCUUCCUAGGAAUUUCUUUCACCAGAUCCAGCCACGCCAAACUAUCAUCCCUGCAAGCCAUGGCCUCUCGUUGAGUACUGGAGGCUGGCAGUGUGCAUGGUGUGAUCAGAGGCUACCUCCCCUCCCGGUGGGACAACGCAAAGCAUCAGCCAGGGCCCACCUCAACCAGUGCUCAAAGGCCCCUAAACAAGCCACCAUGUCCCAGAAUGUCAAGGCACUUCUACCAAAACUUGGAUAUGACCCCCAAGCCAGCCCUGCACAGGUCGCCAGCCUGUAUGCCAAAGCCGGGCGUUUUGAAGAAAUCAGAAACAGUUCGUCCCAUGAUCUCACAUCCGUAGGAGCAAUGGGCCGACAUGCCUCUUUUGCUUGUUCCAGAUGUUGCCGGUAUUGGUGUAGGAUCGACGUCCUGCAUGAUUGCCAUGACUCCACCGAGUGCUCAUCCCAAGACAGACGGAACAACAUCUUGCAAAGAAUUGCCACGCUCCAGAAAAUGAGCGCACCCAAAAAGAACCAGGUCAUUCAGUGUUGGAAGCUCACCCAAUCCGAAAAAGAGCUUGUGCGGAAGGCUGCCCGAACCGAAAGCAGCGAUCCAAGCAAGCAAUUGAGCAAAAUGACGGGACACUCCAUCAUUGCCGUCCCCACACCCCAGGAAAAGGUGCACAAGUUUAGCUACACUUGCCAAAAGUGCACCGGGCAAUGGCGCGCUUGGUCUCAAGCCAAGAAACAAGCCACCGCUAUCCAUUGCCAAGAGAACCUACGCAGGACAUUGCAGCGCAGUUCGUUUCUGAAUGGACAGGUGACGAAGGCCAGUUGCUCACAAUCCUACUCGAGUGACUGGAACUGGACUCCUGAAGAUAACGAAGCCAUCGGGCUAGGUAAGCUUCUCCACACCCAAGCCAGAAAACUUCAGGGUUCAGCUGCAGGAUUAGAUGGCUUUCACGGGGACGACCUUUGCUUGUUACCAGCCGUGAAGCCUUCCACGGCAUUCUUGCACUUGAAAACAGAUGGCGCUCACAAAAAGGACUUGCAAGUGCCUCAACAAUCUUUGGUAAGACAUUGCCGUGUGCUCGGCGUGGACUUCACGGCCCGUGCCAACCAGGCAACCGACCAGCCCCCCGAGGCCAUUGGCAAGGUGAAGUCCGUGAAUGGUUGGUCAGCACCCGAUGAUUCGAUGCAACGAGCUUUGUCUGUGAGUGAUCACCUGGCCACAGUCCGCGCCAGCCAGAUCAAGGCAGACGGCGGUGACCAACAGAAGUUUGAUGAUGGCAUGCGUGCUUUGAGGAAGAUGGGCAAGCAGGUUUGGCCAUCCCCUGAUGUCAUGGAGAAGAUGGGAGCCAAGGAUGCCUUGUGCAAGGUGGCUACCAUGAACAUUGGUCUCCCAGACACUCUGGCCUACUACAGCCCUGAGGAGUUCUCCGCUGGCUUCAAGAAGACCAUGGCGUUCCAGCCACGUGUCAUCAAGCAGAAUCGUGGCUCAUCUGGCGAGGGCAUUUGGAUCAUCAAAUUGAAAGAUGAGAACUACUGCAAGGAGUACGGCGAGAGGUCCUGUGAGGAUGGUGAGAAGCUGGUCCUCAUGGAGGCCAAUGACAACCAUGAGGAAGAGCACACGGUGGCCGAGUUUGUUGAAUUCUGUGUUCAUGGCCGUACGGACAAGUCAGGUGAGUGGACCUCCAAAGGUGUCGGCAAGUACUUGGAGGGUGGCAAGGAGGCAGGUGGCCAGCUUGUGGAUCAGCGCUUUUGCCCACGUAUUGUGGAAGGCGAACUGCGCUACAAUCUCAUCGGUGAUUCUUUGAUUGGAGUCAUUCACAAGAAGCCCAAGGAGGGAGGAAUCUCUGCCGUUGGUGGAACUGGUUCCAUCUACACCUUCUACGGACCGGAGGAGCCACUUUUCGCAAGUUUGACCGAGAACUUCUUGAAGAAAGACUUGCCCCAUGUGAUGCCUUCCUUGGACUUGGCAGAGGAGCCGUUGCCACUUUGGUGGACCACUGACUUCAUCAACGCCUCGCCUCCCGGAACCAAGGCUGAGGAUGAGAAGUGGAUUGUGGGCGAGUUCAAUUGCUCCUGCGUGGGGAUCUCCCGUUGCUUGGCUGCCUACUGCAAGGACGACACCCCCAACGCCUGCUGGGAUGACAUCUCAGAGGAAGACAAGGCAGAGGCAAAGAAGAUGGGCGACCUCAUGGGAGAAAAGGCUGACGUGAAGGAGGUGGACACUUACUAUGCUCUCAAUUAUCAGUUGCCUUCUGCAACCAUGGGUGGUGGUGCAUCUACUGAGCACAAGAGCUUGAUUGAGGGCAAGUCCCCAGAGGAAAUCGCGGCAGCUCUCAAGGAAUUGCCGCCAGAUCAGCUUUCCAAGAUUUGGGCCGCAGUGGACAAAAAUUCGCCAUGCCCAGGCCCUGUGGAUUGCAGUAGCAUCACCGUGGUUGCCAAGGACUACAAGGGCAUGCUGGAUCAACCAAGCGCGCCAAAGUUUAAGGGUGCGUUGGCCCAGAUCUAUGUCCGAAGCCAACCCUAUGGAGGUUCCGAUAAGAGCAACAAUGGCCACCGCUAUGAUUCCAUCCCGAUCGUGAAUGGCAUGAUAACCUGGGCUGAUAGAUAUGAAAUGAUGGAUAAUGCCGCCAAGUUGCAGAUUGUUGCCCUUAAGCCCCAGCACGCCCGUGCUCUGCAGGACUUGCAAGUGCCUCAACAAUCUUUGGUAAGACAUUGCCGUGUGCUCGGCGUGGACUUCACGGCCCGUGCCAACCAGGCAACCGACCAGCCCCCCGAGGCCAUUGGCAAGGUGAAGUCCGUGAAUGGUUGGUCAGCACCCGAUGAUUCGAUGCAACGAGCUUUGUCUGUGAGUGAUCACCUGGCCACAGUCCGCGCCAGAGUCUUGGAAUCCCAUAGGUCUUUUAUUUCGGGCCUUGCAUCGCGUUACCAACAUCACACACGCAUGAUCAGCGCUGGAAUGAGUUGCCAGCUGAUUCACUACACACACGAGGAGCAUGACAAGUUUUUCGAGCUUUGCAAAAGCUUCGACUUUGUCAUCGUGCGAUGCAAUCCAGGCCAGAUCAAGGCAGACGGCGGUGACCAACAGAAGUUUGAUGAUGGCAUGCGUGCUUUGAGGAAGAUGGGCAAGCAGGUUUGGCCAUCCCCUGAUGUCAUGGAGAAGAUGGGAGCCAAGGAUGCCUUGUGCAAGGUGGCUACCAUGAACAUUGGUCUCCCAGACACUCUGGCGUACUACAGCCCUGAGGAGUUCUCCGCUGGCUUCAAGAAGACCAUGGCGUUCCAGCCACGUGUCAUCAAGCAGAAUCGUGGCUCAUCUGGCGAGGGCAUUUGGAUCAUCAAAUUGAAAGAUGAGAACUACUGCAAGGAGUACGGCGAGAGGUCCUGUGAGGAUGGUGAGAAGCUGGUCCUCAUGGAGGCCAAUGACAACCAUGAGGAAGAGCACACGGUGGCCGAGUUUGUUGAAUUCUGUGUUCAUGGCCGUACGGACAAGUCAGGUGAGUGGACCUCCAAAGGUGUCGGCAAGUACUUGGAGGGUGGCAAGGAGGCAGGUGGCCAGCUUGUGGAUCAGCGCUUUUGCCCACGUAUUGUGGAAGGCGAACUGCGCUACAAUCUCAUCGGUGAUUCUUUGAUUGGAGUCAUUCACAAGAAGCCCAAGGAGGGAGGAAUCUCUGCCGUUGGUGGAACUGGUUCCAUCUACACCUUCUACGGACCGGAGGAGCCACUUUUCGCAAGUUUGACCGAGAACUUCUUGAAGAAAGACUUGCCCCAUGUGAUGCCUUCCCUGGACUUGGCAGAGGAGCCGUUGCCACUUUGGUGGACCACUGACUUCAUCAACGCCUCGCCUCCCGGAACCAAGGCUGAGGAUGAGAAGUGGAUUGUGGGCGAGUUCAAUUGCUCCUGCGUGGGGAUCUCCCGUUGCUUGGCUGCCUACUGCAAGGACGACACCCCCAACGCCUGCUGGGAUGACAUCUCAGAGGAAGACAAGGCAGAGGCAAAGAAGAUGGGCGACCUCAUGGGAGAAAAGGCGUUGGCCAUUCUCUCAAAGUGA